AUUUUGAUUCCGAUGUACUUUGGUUUGGGCGCACUGGGAUGGUGUGAACUGCAGCUCCGCGAUCUACUGUUGUGUUUGACAACAAUAUUUCCAAGUUAAGCAAAAUGCUUUCCGCAGCCCAGUUGCUCGACGAGUUAAUGGGACGGGACAGGAAUUUGGCCCCGGACGAAAAGCGAUGUAACGUCAAAUGGGACGACGAGAGCGUGUGUCGAUACUAUCUGUGUGGCUUCUGUCCAGCAGAAUUAUUUACAAACACACGCUCCGAUUUGGGCCCUUGUGAGAAAAUCCAUGAUGAAAAUCUUCGCAAAGUAUACGAAAAGAGCUCACGUUUCAUGAAGGAGGGCUAUGAGCGAGACUUUCUGCGCUAUCUGCAAUCGCUCCUGGCCGAAGUCGAACGGCGAAUUCGCCGAGGACAUGCUCGCCUCGCUCUUUCCCAAGCUCAGCAGAAUGCAGGGCAAGCUCCAGCUCCAGCAGGAAAGAAUGAGGAGAAGGCUCAGGUUCUGACAGAAAAGAUUGAAGAUUUAGUCGUACAGAUUGAGGAGCUGGGCUCUGAGGGUCGUGUGGAGGAGGCUCAAGGAAUGAUGAAGCUGGUUGAGCAGCUCAAGGAGGAGAGAGAACUGCUUAACUCCAACCCUUCGACCAUUGAGAGCUUUGCGGCCCAGGAGAAACAGAUGGAGGUGUGCGAGGUGUGCGGAGCCUUCCUGAUUGUGGGCGACGCUCAGUCUAGGGUGGAUGACCACUUGAUGGGAAAGCAGCAUAUGGGCUAUGCUAAAAUCAAAUCUACUGUAGAGGAGCUGAAGGAGAAACUACGACGCCGCUCAGAGGACCCUCAAGGGGAAACCCCAGUCGUUAAGAAAGACAGAGAAGAGCGGGAGAAGGAGGAGCGGGAGAAGAAGCGUAAAGAAGAGGAGGAAAAGGAGAAGGAGCGAGAAAAAGAAAAGGAGAAGGAGCGGGAACGUGAGAAGGAGCGUGACAGGGAAAGAGAUCGGGACAGAGAUCGGGACAGGGAUAGAGACAGAGAUAGGGACCGACGAGCACGGCGAAGCGAUUCUAACAGUCGCCACUCCAGCCGAGCAUCAGACAGGAAAAGAAGUCGAUCACGGGAUCGUCGGAGGUCCAGGAGCAGAGACAAAGACAGAGACCGUGACCGCAGACGCAGCAGGAGCCGGGAUAGAGACCGAGAUAGAGAGAGGGAUAGGGACAGGAGACGCAGCCGUGACCGCUCCGACCGGAAACGACGUUCCCGCAGCCGUGACAGAAGGAGGUCACGAAGCUCGGAGCGCAGACCUCAACGGCACCGCAGCCGCAGCAGGGACCGGGACAGGGAGAGAGAUAAGGAGAGAGACAGAGAUAGAGACAGAGCGCGCUCAUCCAAAGAAAAAGAAUGUAAGGGGUCUGAGGAGAAGAGCAGCAGCUCCAAGAAAGACAAGAACUCUGAUGGCAACGCUCCUGCCGUCAAGGCUUCAACAGAAGCAGAGCCGAUGGAGACAGAGGCUGCCGCCUCGGCCUCCCCCCUUCUCCUUAACGGCCAGCAAGAGCUCCUCCUUUCUGAAGGUGACACUCAGUCCAAUUAAAACUGAUCUGAUAGGACCUCAGAUCAGACUCAGGUAAGUGUGUCCUUCUCCUCGCCCCCCUGACUCCCCCAAACCCCUCACACACCCCCACCCCUCCCACGCUACCUCCUUCCCCUCCUGCUCCCACCUUCUUUGCAUUCACUUAAAUGCUGAUGAUGUUUGUCUGAUGUACCAUAUCCUGUUUUUGAAUAGUGCAUCAUAAGUAUGCACUGAAGAUGAAGAACUAGGCCUGAUGAAUGAGAAGAAGGUAGAAAUCAUUCACACAAAGCCAAGAGGGAAAGGCCAGUGUAGCCCUGAGCAAACAUGCCCAGAGGUACCCCCUCGUUUUGUAUCGCUUUUGAUCCUUCAAGAUGUUUUGGUCCUUGUGGACAAAAGUAGCAGGAAAAAAUAUUACAGUAUGAAUCCAACCAAUUUUCCUUCCUGCAUUUUUUUUGUCCAAUUGGCAGUAUUUAUUUGAUAACGUGUUAAGUUGAAUUCAACGUAGAUUACAAAUGGUUACAAACAACUGUGUGUUUAUAUGUACCCAUAGCAGGGACUAUUUUAUCCUCAUAUGUAAACACACAGAAAUACUUGACUAGCAAAUGCCAUGCAUUUCCUUACUGUGCCUGAUAAUGCUAUGCACUGUGUGUGUUUUUUGCGGGGUGGUGGUGGGGGGUAGUCAUAGGAACUGGGGGGUGGGCGUGUAACGUAACUAACUAACUGGAGGGUAGGGUUUAUGGCAUAAUUUGCAGCUGACUUCCACACCUCACAGCGUUGGUGUUGUGAGCGAGACCACAUGUGAAAAGGGCAAAUUAAAAAUCAAGGAUACUCUCUGACUGUCAAAGUGUGCAGGUACUCACCCCAGGUACUCCUUUCUAUACCCACAUCCUUUUGUCAAUGCUGUUGCCUGUCUCCACAACAUCAACUUGAAAGCUUGAGUGUGAAUUUGUGUUGUUUAGCUUUCAUCAUUCAAGUAUAGGAGAGCGCGCCUGCUUGAUUAACCUCUGCUAUAGGGUUUAAUGUAGUCCUUUCUGAAUCAUUUGUAUGUCACAUCUGUCCACUUGCAUAACUACUGAGGAAAUAUCACAGUGUCAACACUUGUAAAAUGAUUUAAUUUUAAAGUGGUGUCAAACUUUGUAGAGAGUUUGUCAGCAUUUUCAGCCAAACGCUGACAAGGCAUGUCAGAGGAACUUUGUAAUCUUUUUCUUUUUUUAUGUUCUUUCUGAGAUAUUCUGUUAUUGCUGAUAGCAACUAUUUGUUUUUUCUGGACCAGUUGUUGUGGGGUCCUUUACUAACAUUCCAUUUUGUGAACAUGUUUGCCCAACAGGGGAAUCUGAGAUACCCAUUGGAGGAAGAACAGGAGGAGAGAAUCCCAAACUCACCUUGACCCUGGCACUUCGCUGCUUAUAAACAAGGUGAUCCACAUAUGCAUAGUGGCUUACAUAAAAUCAAGAACAUACAUGUGGAAAGAGGGAGGAAAAUAUUACUACAUUGGUUUUCAUAUCUGUUGAUCUCAUAGUUGGAUGAGUUGUUGUGGUUAAUAUAAUGUGUAUUUUGGGGGUGUAGACAUCAGUCAGACAUCACUUGAAAUACCAAACUUGGUAGGCAGAGUACACCCGUUUUCUUUUUUUUUUUUUUGAGACUCUCCCCUUUUCUCUGCAUUUAGUAAGAGCUCAUUAAAAAAACAAUAUUUGUUGUUUGUUUUGGUGUGUCAGGUCCUACUUCACUUUCUGAUAUAUUUUUUAUUUUUUAAAUAAUGAUGUAAAAUGUUAGUCCAAUGAGAGGGCUUGGUUCUUUUUUUCCUUCCACGUAGAGCUACCAAUGAUUUGCUCCUCUUGCUGUAAAAUAUAGUAAUUUCCUUUGAAUCCAAACAUUUUGGUUAAAGACUGAAGAUGUGAUUAGUGGUCAGCUUCAAAUGUUCAUGUGUUCUUGAGAAAUAAAAGGUAAAAAUGUG